CUUCCGCCCUCUGCCCAGGGCGCCCGCCGGGUCCUGCUCCUUCCCCCAGAGUCCCUGAGGUGCAGACAAGCUGCCUGCUAGGGGUAGCGAUGGAUGGCCAGAAGCUGCCUUCCCAGAGAAAGACACCGGAGUCGCAGCUGUCCCAAGAGCACAGGCAGCCCUUUCCCCUACUGGGCCCGACAGCCACCCGGGGCCAGCCUGGUGCCCAGAGCAGCACUCAGCAGGGACUGCAGACCCAGGACUGGGUGUGCGAGCCGCCCGAGCGCCGGCGCCCGGGCGGCCACUGGAGCCUCAGCAUCGACGAGCGCCGGCGGUUGGCCCUGCUGGGCUGCCAGGAGAGGUCGGGCGCCGGGGCCCCCUCCGGCUGCAGGGACGUGGCGCAGAUCGAGGCCCAGCUGGUGUCCGAGGACGUGGACAAGGACUUGCUCUUCCUCUACCCGCCGAGCUCCACGGAGUCCACCAGCGCCUUCCUGGCCCGGAGCGCAGCCUUCUGGCGCAAGGCGACUUUGAGGUCGCCUCCCUCCUAAGAACCGACUCAACCCAGUGUCUGUCCUCCGGUGCCUUUCCUCGGGGUUCCCCGGCGGGAUGGGGGUGCGCGGCCUCUGCGUGCCCUGCCGGGGGCUCAUGGCCCACCCACCAGUGAGAAAACA